AUAAUGAAAAAGGAAUCUUCGAGUGUUGCCUAUACACUUGUUAAUGCAAAUGCUAAAGCAAGCCACCGAAUAAACGCAACCAGUUUUGGUGGGUUUUCCAGCAACACUUCAGUUUAGUUGUUUCCAAAUUCCAACAGAGAUUGUGAAUGGAAGUUGAAGGAGGAGCAUUCAGAAGGGGAAGCAGAGUUUCUUCAUACGAGAAACUCGCCGCCAUAGGGUUGGUGGUGCUAGCAGUGGCCUCUCCUCUUUACAUAGACAGCAAGCCGGAGAGCGAAUCGGAAGAUGAACCAAUAAACUUUGCUUUUUGGUUGCCUGUGUUGCUCUUUCUGUUGAUGUUAGCCAUUGCUUUAUCCACUCUCCUCGAUCAGAGCUUCACAAGGUUUGAUCGUAACUGGAUUCACAGAGUUGGUGGCUCUUCUGGUGGUAUUAUUCUCAUUCUCACUAUCCUUUUUCUUGUUUUGAAGUUUAAGUCUUCUGUGUAACAAUAAGUAUGUUUGAUCAAAAGCAGUUUACUUAUAGAUAUCCAAAGGUGACCAUGUUAAGGAUAUUUUUUUUCUGAUGUAUCUCUGAUAUGUGAAAAACUUAGUUAUCA